AUGACGAUAUUGACCCGAACGUCUCCUCCUCGAUCGAUCACAUUCUCACCCGAGUCCCUAGACGAGGCACAGCAUGCGACUAUCCAUACAGGCAAUACUUCCCCUGGGGCGGAUAGCAUCACCGUCAAUCUUCUCAAACCCGGGUGGCACAUCGUCGACCGAAGUCAUGCACUUCUCUCGCAGCAACCUCAGGACCACGCCGGCUAUCGCCACGGCGAUGUCGAGAAGCCCCCCGAGCCAGCCUACCGGCGGGUGGGUGACAGCAGGCUACCGUUCCGCGUUCACGUCGAAAAGUGGGCGGCCAAGGCGCAUGCCGUCGCCUAUCAUCUACGGGGUCUCGCCAACACGAAGGCCCUCCCAAGCCGUGAAGUGCCGUCAUGGCUUGUGUCGAGCCGGUACUAUUGCAUGGAUCUGAAGCCUGGUACCCGGGCACCACCAGACCGCGAUGGAGUCAGCCUAUAG